AGGCCCGGCAGGAACUGGUCCACRAGACGGAGCUGGAUCUCAGAGUCCAGCAGCUUCGCAGCCAGGACAGGAACUCCGGUCUGGACCAGGAGGAACCAGAACCUGCAGAGUUUGAGGACCAGGAAGAACCAGAACCUGCAGAGUUUGAGGACCAGGAAGAACCAGAACCUGCAGAGUUUGAGGACCAGGAAGAACCAGAACCUGCAGAGUUUGAGGACCAGGAAGAACCAGAACCUGCAGAGUUUGAGGACCAGGAAGAACCAGAACCUGCAGAGUUUGAGGACCAGGAAGAACCAGAACCUGCAGAGUUUGAGGACCAGGAAGAACCAGAACCUGCAGAGUUUGAGGWCCAGGAAGAACCAGAACCUGCAGAGCUGAAAGAAGAAGAAGAAAAAGAAGAAGAAGAGAUAAAACUUUUAGACAUUAAAACAGAACGUGAAGAACCAGAACCAGAGUCUCCACAGAUCAGUGACGAUCAGGAGGGUUCAGAACCAGAACUCGUGCACAUUAAAGAAGAAUGGGAGGAACCAGAACCAGAAUCAGACCAGGYGAAAGACGAGGAGGAGGACCAGCUCCGGCUGAAGCAGGAAGCAGAUACGGAUCAGGUGACGGUUGAAGAAAAUGACCACAGCCAAUCAGAACCCGACACGGAGCGACCCUGUUCUCAGAGUUCUGCUGGACCUCAGAAACAAGAGCGGGAGCUUAGAUCAAAGAGAAUCAGAGCGAAGAAGACAGACCUUCGGGUUUCUGACAAAUCGGACCCGCCCGACACGUCGAUUUACUGUCCGAUCUGCGGGGAAACCUUCUCGGACCACCCUCUGCUGGUGAGCCACACCAAGGUGCACACGGUGCGCAGCCCCAACUUCGACAAGCUGCAGUACUGCUGCCCCAUCUGCGACAAGAAGUUCACGUCCAGGAACAACCUGGUCAUCCACAUGAGGAGCCACACCGGAGAGAGACCCUUCUCCUGCCAGGUCUGCGGCCGGCGCUUCAGCAGCAACGGCAACUGCAAGGCCCACAUGAGCCUCCACACGGGCCAGAACCAGAACGCCGACAAGUGGCGRCACUGCUGCUCCACCUGCGGCAAGACCUUCGUGCACCGCAGCAGCUUCGCCAUCCACGUGAGGAGCCACACGGGCGAGAAGCCCUUCUCCUGCGCCUUCUGCGGGAAGACCUUCAGCAGGAACGCCAACUGUAAGAUCCACAUGAGGCUGCACACGGGCGAGACACCGUACUCCUGUUUGACCUGUGGACAAAGUUUCACCUUUAACUCGCAGCUGAAGCAUCACAUGAAGGUCCACACGGGUUGAGCCCUCCUGCCCGUCUUCAAAGACUCUACGACCCUGACCCACAGGCCCCUCCCUGACCCACA